ACCACAAACACCCGAUGUUUCAACACCUACUUGGAAAAGUAUCCCACAAAGCCCUUGACUUGUUGCAUGGAGAGGCAAUUAGGAGGCUAGAUGUCUUGGAGCGCUUUAAUUCAUCAUGUGGUUGCCAAAUGUGGCACAGCUGUGGGUUGCCCUGUGCUUGUAGGAUAGAAAAGUACAUGCGUGAAGAGCGUCCGAUUCAACUCGAAGACAUAGACGUCUUCUGGCGGAAACUUAACUUCCAAAGUUGUAAAUUGAUAGACGACUCACUUGACGUGGUCGAAGAGCUAGAUGUUGUUAGACAACAAUUACAGUCGCACCCCCCAGCUCAGCAAAAAAGCCUGCUUUCAAAGAUUAAAGCGGUGUUGACUCCAACGAAAUCUACCAAGAAACCACCGGUUGUCCAACAAAAUACUCGUGGCCGACCAACAACAAAGCAGGUACAAGAAAGGUUGGACGAGGCCUCUCGUAUAGAUGAAGAAUUGAGGAGAAGCUCCUUCGGUGAUGCAAACACGUGCUUUGAAGGUUCACGACAAAGUAAGUACGAUAAACCUCGCCACAGCUCGUACGUUCCGUCUCAGGCCUCACAACAGUCGGUUAUAAGGUCCCAAAAACCCAAAGCGACCCUAAGCCGUUCAAAGAGUUCUAAGAAGAAAGAGACACGAGAUGAUCACGGUUUUCCUUUAAUCAUUGGGGACGAGUACGUGGGAAUCAUCGAACGGUUUAAGUCUGACAUUCCGCCAGUGUUCCAUCCGUACGUCUCGUGCAUACGAGAUGUGAUGCCGGACGGUCAUUGUGGGUUUCGGUCUGUGGCUGUGGGCUUAGGGAUGGAUCAGAGUUCAUGGGGGCUUAUUAGGAGGGACCUUGUCCAAGAAAUGGAUCAGAACGAAUCGAUCUGGUUCCCAAUAUUUGAAGCAUGGGCUGAUGGUUAUUUUCACACGCAUCGUCAGGGCCUAAUUUGGGAUUCAGUGGCCGGUUGUGGGGAGAAUCACUGGAUGGACUUCCCCUUUGCAGGACUUCUUAUUGCACAAACGUACGGUAUCGGGGUGCACCUGUUAACGACAACCAUGGGUGCGAGUUCCACUUACUUCCCAAUACUAAGUCCUCCGGCUAAUCAACAACCAUUAUUCAUAACGCUUACACAUGUUAACGAGAACCACUUCAUACAUGUUAAGCUGGAAGGGGAUUAUCCUAUGCCACCAGCACACGGGCUAUGGUUGACCCACCGAAGACCCCAUACAGAACAAUGGGAAGAUAUGUACUUGCCACGUCUAGAAUGGUAUACAUCGAUAAUGAAUCCUCGGCCAAGAUCAAACCCCAGUCUUAAUUACAUAGAUAGUUACACGGAAGAAUGA